CAAAGAUACUAAUCAAAUGACCAAACAGAUACAUAAUAAUUCACUAGAAUUCUGAAGUGUAGUAAGAGUCAUUCAGAAAAGUAUGUGUGAGGAUACAUAAUAAAGACUUACAAUGAUAUGUAGAGAAGAGUAAUGACUGGUUAGUAUAACAGGAAGGCAACAAGUCCUCAGGUAGUUCAUAUGCUGCCUCAUGCCUAGGCAAGACUGAAUUCUUACUCUAAUCCUUAUUUUAAGAGUGAAGGGAAACCACUGAGAGCUUUUCCAUAGAAUUGUAACAUCAUUAUGUUGAUUUUAUCGACAGAUAAUCUGACUUCUUUGUAAAAAAAUGGAUUAGAGAGGAUCAUGACGUGGAGCUGGGUGAUCAGCAAGAAAGGGUCUGUGAACAUCCUGAUUGAAAAUGUUGAGGGACAGAUCAGUGCGAUAGACUGGAUAGUGGAUUAACUGGAAGUGAGAGAGACAGGAGUACCAGUGUUAAGCAUAUUUUGGAAAGGUAGUAAUAUAAUUAGAUCUGGAAAUGGGAGUGGGUGAAAAAUUCUUCCUAGGCUUUUCUGGCUUUAGUGCGUGGAUAAAUGCUGAUGGACUUUUACAUGAGGAAAAUAUUGCAGAGGAUCAAGUACAAUGAUUAACAAAAGUUCAGAUUGGCACAUAUUUAUGUUGUGCUAAUGAGCCAUUACAGUUGAUACUCCAGUAGGGAGUUGGAUGCUUGACUCUAUAGCUAGAAGAGACACCUGAGCUAGAGACAUGAAUUUGGGAUAAUUGACAUACAGAGAAGAGAUAAGAAGGACAUUAUGAGUAGAAAAUAAUUUUGAACUUAGUGUGAAAGAGAGCAGAGAAGUGAGUGUUUACUGGAAGAAUAUGUGGGGGCAAUAAAGCGAUUUUUGUUGUUGUUGUUAUUUAUUUUCUUUGUCUGUACAUCCUGAAACUGAUUCUCAAUAAUAAAGAAGUUGGUUUUGGAUGGGACAUAAUCUAAACCUCUGAUUCUCAAACUUGACUUUGCAUUGGACUUUCCUGGGUAGUGUUUUUUGUUUUUUUAUGUAUUGAUUCUUUUUUUUUUUCAUUUAUUUUUAUUAGUUGGAGGCUAAUUACUUUACAAUAGCAUAGUGGUUUUUGUCAUAUAUUGACAUGAAUCAGCCUUCCAACUGCUACUGCUAGAGAUUUGGAUUGAAUUGCUAUUAUUGGGGUCCAGACAAAGGAAUUUUUUUCAAGCUCUUUUGUUGAAUCUAGCAUAUGCACAGUUUGAGAAUCGUUAAUCUAAACAGAGGAAAACACAUAAAUAUGCAAGAUAGAAAAACUCAGAGCAAUCAGGAAUAGAGGAGCAUGAGACUCUGGAUCCUUGGUGAAUAAGAGAGGAGCUCAAGUGACAAAGAGGAUGGGGGGCUGGAGUGAGAUCUUCCAGUGUAGGCAGGAGAAAAGACACAGCUCAGAGUACAGAUGAAAGUGUCAUCCCUGCAUACAUGCAGAUUCAUGAGUAAGUGGAGAGCACUGAGAUAAGGUCUUGGGGAGGCCAUACUCUACUUCACUUCUCGAAGAAUGUAGUGGCUAAAACUGGUAGAGAGUAAGGGCUAAAUCAUUUUCUGCUACUGGGGAAAGAUUUUGAUAUUUCUGCAAAGAAUACAGAAACAGGGUGAAUGAGAUACAGUCUUCAAAACAGACUCAAAGGAUUUUUGUGGGGAAGGAAGUGGAGCCCAUGACCCAACUGUAGAAAUGAUCAGAUGGCAGAAGGCCUGAGAUGUGAUCAAUGAUCCCUAGCUUGUUUCCUCCCAAUCUUUCAUGAUCUUUGGUGUGCAAUCUAAGUAGCCUUUUCCCUUCCAUCCUGGACAGUGACCAUUCUUUCCAUUGUCUGACCUCACUUUACUCUGAUUGUGUUUCUCCAAAAGAUACUCAGUUGCCCCAUGGGAAGUUUUGAAACUAACAUCUCGAGCAUGACCAGCUUCACCCUAACAGGCUUCCCAGAGAUGGGGGGACUGGAGCAUUGGUUAGCGGCCCUCCUCUUGCUGCUGUAUGCUGUCUCCAUCCUGGGCAACAGCCUCAUUCUCUUCAUCAUAAAGGAGGAGCAGAGCUUGCACCAGCCAAUGUACUACUUCCUGUCUCUGCUGUCUGUCAAUGACCUGGGUGUGACUUUUUCUACCUUGCCCACGAUACUGGCUACCUUGUGCUUUCAUGCACCAGAGACUGCCUUUGAUGCCUGCCUGAUUCAGAUGUUCUUCAUCCACUUUUUCUCCUGGACAGAGUCUGGAAUCUUGCUGGCCAUGAGUUUUGACCGCUAUGUGGCCAUCUGUAAUCCUUUGCAUUAUUCAACAGUGCUCACUGAUACCCGUGUGGCUCACACGGGCAUAUCUAUCAUCAUCCGCAGCUUCUGCAUGGUCUUCCCACUGCCUUUCCUUCUGAAGAGGUUGCCUUUCUGUAAAGACAACAUACUGACCCACUCCUACUGCUUGCACCCAGACCUGAUCCGCCUGCCCUGCGGAGAUACCACCAUCAACAGCAUGUAUGGCUUGUUCAUUGUCAUCUCUGCCUUUGGUGGAGACUCAGUGCUCAUCCUCGUUUCCUAUGUGCUCAUAUUGCACUCUGUGCUGGCCAUCGCCUCCCGGGAAGAGAGACUUAAGUCACUCAACACCUGUGUGUCACACAUCUGUGCUGCGCUCAUUUUCUACGUGCCCAUGGUUAGUGUGUCCAUGGUCCAUCGAUUUGGGAAGCAUGCCCCUGAGUAUGUGCACAAGUUCAUGUCCCUAGUAUAUCUCUUUGUGCCUCCAAUGCUCAAUCCAAUCAUCUAUUCCAUUAAGACUAAGGAGAUUCAUAGGAGGCUACAUAAGAUACUAAAAUCUAAGCACUGAUCAGAGAGACACCUUCUAAAAACCCAGGUACCCUAAGAGUUUGUUGUUAUUGCUG